UCCAAAUGGUAACCGAAUUUGUUGACGUACGGCUGACUAAAGUAAACAACGCUUUACUUUCAUUUUACAGGAUGGUGAAAAUAGGUCUUCAGUUAAAAGCUGAUUUGGAGAAUUUGACAAAUUUUCGAGCGGAAGGAGAAGACUUUAGGUGGUAUUUACGGUUGAAGUGUUGCAAUUGCAAUGAAGAAACAACAGAGUUCCAGUACCUAAGUCUUGCUGAGAAUACACCAGUGAAAGGGGGAAGAGGCCAUGCUAGUCUAGUGAUGAAAUGUAAACUGUGCCAUAGAGAAAACCAUAUAGACAUAAUGAGAGAUUCCCUAAAGCCAUACUGUGAGGGGGACAGUGGAAAGUUUGUGACGGUGGUUGUGUUUGAUUGCAGGGGAUUAGAACCAAUAGACUUCUCACCCAGAGCAGGAUUUGUAGCAGAGGGAGCAGAAUCUGGGACACCAUUUACAGAAAUAGCCUUCAAUGAAGGGGAUCCUGAUUGGUCAGAGUAUGAUGCACAAGCUAACCAGUCCGUGGGGGUGUUUAACAUUCAGCACAGAUUUGAGGUGGUCAAAUAGAACUUUAUCAUUUUUACCUGUAAAUACGCAUAAUAAAAGAACACGGAGAGA